CUGCCUCGUUUAUUCCAGUUGAUGUUUUUCGAUUUGUAAAGCAUUUUUCUCUUUAUCAGAAACUCAUGUAAGAUGCAUCUACUGAGGCAGCAGCUUCCUUCCCUUCUAGUCCAAAGUAGAGUGUGUUGUGUGAAACAUAUUUGUUACCAGAGAUACCAUUGUCUGAUAAAGGGAGUGUACUCCGGAAGCAACAGCAUUUCUGCUCAUACAAAAUGUUUAACCACAAGAAAAUUAUCUUAUAAGAUCCUCAUACCUGCAUUGCAAGAAGACAAAGUUCUCAGUGGAUUUAAACUAGUGUUUGCAAACAAGAAUGCAGACUCUAUUGUUGUUCAAGCAUUUCUUUGGAACAUCUGCCUUGCAUCAUGUUUGUGCCUGGUUUUCUUUGUGCAUACAAUCUUUAUCAGUUAUAAGGAGGCAGCUGAAAAAAAGCUUGGAAUUAAAGAUGAUUUUGCCAAGGACAGAGAUGAAUGUGAUCUUGCCAAGAACAGAGGUGAAGAUGAUCUUGCAGAGAAUGUCAAAAAAGUUGUUGAAUUUGAUCCAGUAAUAACAGUAACUGUGUUUGCAGGUUUAGGGAUUUUGUUUGGAUUUCUUCACAUACUAAUGUUUCAGACUAAUUUACUGAGAAUGUAUUACAAUUCUAGAAAAGAUGCAUUCUGUGCAGUUAUAUUGAAAGAUGGCUUGUAUAAAAGGUAUAUUGAAUUUAAACCUGACGAGGUAACUGUGCUGAAAAUAACGCAACCUCGUGUAAUUGGUAAAUCUCCUCUUGAGCAUGUGCGUGUGAGAGCUGAAGAAUUUGAAUUGACUAGAGACGCAUUUAUGCAGCCGAGAUAUCACAAAAUUUUCUAUGGAUUUAAAAUGAAAAUCCCACAACAGCAGAAAAUGUCAGACACACCUGAAAAUGAAAGAUGAAGCUUAGGUUAAUUUUUGAAUUCAUUGUCAAACAGAUUUUAAACUUUUGUUACAGAAGAUCAUAUUAUUUCAACUU